AUGUCCAGAACAUCUCCGAACAUCAUUGUUACCGGCACGCCGGGCGUGGGCAAGACGACGCACUGCGAGGAGCUCGCGAGGCGGACGGGCCUAAAGCACCUUUCUGUCAACCAAGUUGUCAAGGACCGUGAAUGCCACGAGGGCUGGGAUGAGGAAUUUCAGAGCUGGAUCGUUGACGAAGACAAGUUGCUCGACGCGAUCGAAGGAGAUGUGCAAGAGGGAGGCUACAUCAUCGACUGGCACGCAUGCGACCUUUUCCCUAAGAGCUGGAUCGACCUCGUUGUCGUUCUACGCGUGGACUCGACGACGCUCUACGACCGUCUGUCGGCAAGAAAAUACUCCGAGGCCAAGCUUCAGGAGAACCUAGACUCGGAAAUCAUGGAGGUGCUGCUUCAGGAGGCCCGGGAGGCGUUCGAUGAGGAAAUUGUUGUCGAACUGACGAGCAACACGUCGGACGAGAUGGAGAGCAACAUCUCGAGGGUCGAGGCGUGGCUCGAGCAGUGGAGGAAGGAUCACUCGUCAUAG